AUGGGUUCUGUUCAAUCCAAAAUUCGGCGCCUUUUCAAAAAGAAGCCCAAGAAGACCCCGAACAAUAAUCUCCCGACAAAAACCACCCAGGAUGCACCUCCGAAAAAUGUGCCUGGCGAAUCCAGUCCGGCGCCCGGCGCUUUACAGCAACAAGCUAACGCAACAUAUCAAGAUACGGGAGUAGUUCUUCGUGAAUCACAAAUUCCUAGUGAGGCUAUUGGUGUCCCCGAUAAUGUUUCUUCUAGUCCGAUACUUCCUUCCCCGCAUACAAGCGUCGAGAUGAAUGGGGAUGCUCCCCAACUGGAACACGGAACCACGGCCGUUAGCGAUGUUGACUUAGCCACAAGUCCCCAGUGUGAAGUGGGUAGUCUGUUAUCUUCUCAUGAAGUUGCAGAUACCGCAAAAGCUAGGAUCUCGAUGCUAUGGCGCGAAGCAAUCGAAAACCUCAAGCAGAAGGAAAAAAUUGAGGUAGAGAUGGAUUCUGAGGAGGAUACGUAUACCAUGAAGCCCGUUCAGAACCUUCUUGACGACGUAAAAAAAAAUCGUGCAAUAAUCGAAAAUCAGCGAAUUCGCUAUAGGAACAGUGAAGGAGAAUAUGUAGCUGUGGCCGAUACAAUCUUUAGAGAGCUUAACAACUACGCUUUUGUCGGAGACAAGGCUUUACAGCAUCAUCCAGAUGUUGUUGCCUUGGUGUGGUCAGGAUUUAGGCUUCUCUUACAUAUAGGGACCUCAUAUGCCAAUAAUCUUGCAAUGAUCUUGAGCAGCUUGGGAUAUCUCGCGUGGGUUAUAUGCUGUGGUGCACUUUAUGAGGAUCUGUACUUGGAAAUAGACUCUGAGUUGUCUCGAGAGUUACGAGAUUGCUUGGUGGCUCAAUAUGUCUUGAUAUUAUCAUAUCUUUCAUAUGCGAAUGAGCAUCUUCAACGGAAUAAAACAGGUGGGGAACCCCCAAAACGCAUUUUUGAAAGCCUGUCACCACGCCUAUCUCGGCUGCUGGACAAUAUACGGGAAUCUGAAAAGACAAUAAAAGAGCGUGCAGACAUAGCCGAGAGGAAAGCGGCCAGCACGGAUCGAUCUGAGCAGGAUGCGUCACGACGCGAGUUGGCGGAUAAUUUAAAACAUGUCAGGGAACGAUUGGAAAAUGUCAAGACUGCCGUCGAUGAGUGCCAUACAAAACUUUCCAAACUUUGCCAUUUUAUUGAUAAGACUAUUUUCGAUAAUACGCUCGACUGGGUAUGCCAUAUCCAAUAUGGCAAGAUUCAUGAAGAGCACAGUGAGAAGCGUACUGCAGAUACAUGCAUUUGGCUUGAAAACAACCGUAUAUUUCAAGAGUGGGUUCAUUGUCGGUCAUCGUCGGCCGUCCUCUGGCUGAGGGGUGCAGCCGGGACCGGGAAAACAAUUCUGGCCUCCUCCAUCAUUGACCUGCUCAACGAUAAAUACAAAAUGAAGCGGUCUUUAGCGUACUUUUACUGCAGUAUUACAUCUCGGGACAGAAUCACACCUGAAUCAGUGCUAAGAGCGAUUACAAAGCAACUCUGUCAUGCGCAUUCCGGAGAGAAACUGCCCAAAAAGCUGGUGGAAAUUAAAGAUAAGAGGGUUCGAGAGUCAGCAGGGCUAUUAAGUUUGGAAGAAAGUACAAAUCUCAUUAUAGAGCUUUCCAACUAUUUAUCAUCGGGGGUAUGGAUUGUUAUUGACGCACUGGAUGAAUGCGAUGGCAGCACUCGGAAAAAUCUAUUUACCUCUUUGGACAAAAUUGUAACUGGCGGCAAGGAUAUCCGAAUAUUUCUUACGGGCCGCGAUGAGGCUGAUAUCAGAGGUUAUAUGAUGCAAAGACAUCAGAAUUAUCUUAUUGACCCUAGAGAUAACGCCUCUGAUAUAGAGCUAUAUAUAAAGAGCGAGCUGAGAAAGCUUUACGAGGAUCUCGCGUUUCGCGAAGUAGAGCCUGAACUUGUCACCCAGAUGAAAAGUCUCGAGAAAGAAAAUAUCGAGUCAUUGAAAGGGAAUGCCAAUGGAAUGUUUCUCUCGGUCCAUCAUCGAAUGAAAGCCCUGCGCGUUGAAACAACACUUCACGGUGUGCAAAAGGCUAUUAAAGACUUCCCCAAGUCUCUGAACGCGGUCUAUGCAGAUAUAUUGAAGAGGAUCAGUAGACAGAGCGACACCGAUUCUGCAUCUGCACAUGACAUAUUGAAGUGGCUUUUUUAUGCGGUAGACGAUUUUUCAGCCGACACCAUUCUCGAAGCUCUGCGCCACACUGUAUCAGUGAAAGAGAGCGGGAACUCCAAACCAAAGGCGCGGACUGUAAGGAAUGCCCAGAAUAUUUGUUGUGGACUCGUCACCCACGACGAAAAAACUAAGGUGCUUCGAUUUUCGCAUGCUACGGUAAAGGAGUACCUGGAGAGGCUUAACGGACCUGAUUCAUGCCUCCAUGGAGGGCACGAAUUCAUGUCCGAUAUAUGUCUCAGAAUCCUUACCAUCUCUAAUUAUCGCAUCGAUGAGCAAUGUACCGAUGGCACUUCAAGCCAGGCUUUUAUCAACUAUGCAACUCGCAACUGGGGAAACCAUGUCCGCCACUGCGAGUCAAGAGACUCGUGCCAGGCCUUCCUCGAGCCGUCAUCCUCCUCCUACAAAGCCUGGUCAUCCAAGGCCGUCGAAACCAUACCUGACCUACGCAUGAAAGGACCCAAGGGGGGUUGCGUCGAUCUAUUAUGGGUGACAUGCUAUUAUCGCCUGUUGAGUACAUUCAAGAUAAGUCUGGAAACGAUCGGUGCUGGCUGCAUCAACGCUGCCGGACGUACCCCGUUACAUCACUGCGCAGAACAUGGCUACUUGGAAUUUGUUGAACAUCUGGUCAAGCAUAAAGAUAUUGCCGUCAACGCCCAGGAUGACAUGAAACGUACACCGCUGCUGCUAGCGAUAAUUUCGAAUCAGGUAGAUGUCGUUCGGGCUCUAUUAAAACACCCGCAUCUUCAGGUUUAUAUCGUCGAUAAAGAUCGAAGAACGGCGUUGAUGCAUGCUUCCAUGAUUGGUAGCGAAAAUAUAGUAGAGCUGUUACUAGAUUCAACAAAAUGUGAUGUCAAUGUCAGAGAUACAGAAGGUUAUACCGCCCUACACUACGCUACGUUAAACAGGCACGAGAGCAUUUUGGAUUUACUCCUCCGGGUUUCUUCUCUCAAUAUCAACGCUCGAAGCACGGAUGGAAGCACCGCUCUCUGGCUUUCUGUCCGAAGUGAUAAAAACAUCGCGGUUGUGGAGAAGCUGCUAAGCUUUCAAGCCAGCACCGGUCGUGCUAUUGACCCAAAUCUGGCGAAUGACAAACGGGAAACACCUCUUUGCGUUGCGGCCCGGCUUGAUCAACAAGAGGUCACCGAAAGAUUGAUAGAGGACAAGCGUGUUGACAUCAAUUGUGGUAUCGGAACGGACAAUAUGUUUAUAGAGGCUGCGGCGAGAAACAAAACGUGGCUAGUAAAACUAUUGGUAGCGCGAGGGGAUCUGGCUAUUAAUCGUCCAGGUAUGUUCGGCUGGACAGCCCUGUCUAAUGCCACCCGUAUCAGGUCCUUGGACGCUCUCAAAUACAUUAUAGCAGCUCCCAGUGUCGACAUCGAAUGCAAAGACGAUGAGGGGGACACUUUGCUUCAUCUUGCUAUUAAACGCCGGAGUAUAGAUAUCGCCUUGGAACUCUUAGCGCACGGAGCGAGCACAAGCGCAGUGGAUGGGGAAGGUCAAACGGCACUGAUGCUUGCCGUGGAGAACGGGAGUUUUGAUGUCUUUAAGGUUCUCCUCGCACAGUACGACAAAGCGCAGUCGCAAGAUAGGGGCACGUAUUUGCUAGGCGUCGCAGAAUGCGGUGGCGACGUACGAAUGAUUCAACUGAUUCUUGAUUGGAUGGGAUAUAAUACAAGUCUCAAUCACAAAAACGAUUCUGGCCAAACUGGAUUGAUGAUAGCUGCCGCAAACGGGUUUACCAAGGCUGUUCAGACACUUCUAAAGAAGGAUGCGAUCGAAGUCAACGCAGUCGACGAUAAAGAAGAAUCCGCGCUCACUCUUGCAAUCUUAAGUGGCCACAACAGUGUGAUUGAUGCCCUCGUAGAGCACCCUAACAUAGAAAUCAAACUCCCCGCUCAUAAUGGUACGGCAUUCCCACGAUGGGCAUUUCAAUGUACAAACGACAAGAUAUUUGAUCUUAUCUUAAAGAGCUAUCCAAGGCUGCAAAUCUUUAAAGGUACACAUCGCAAGAGGUUUAUAUCCCUGAUAUCCGCCGCUUCUUGCAAUGACAUGCAGAUGAUGCAAUUUCUGUUAACCAAUGGAUAUAACAUCAACUAUAAAGACGAUUUUGGUCAAACCGCACUGAUAGUAGCGACAAUCAAUGGAUACAUUGAAGUGGUUCAGAUGCUAUUGGAGAAGGAGGAGAUUGAUAUCAACCUCGUCGACCUCAAAGGGAGAUCUGCGCUCCUACUAGCGACAGUAGAAGCACAUAAUGAAGUCGUUCGGAUGCUACUGAAGAAGGAUGGAAUCGAUGUUAAUAUAGUCGACAAAAUGUACGGGCAAUCUCCGCUUCUCUAUGCGGCAAAAAGAGGACAUACCGAGGUGGUUCAGAUGCUAUUGGAGAAGGAGGAGAUCGAUAUCAACCUCGUCGACCUCAAAGGGAGAUCUGCGCUCCUACUAGCGACAGUAGAAGGACAUAAUGAAGUCGUUCGGAUGCUACUGAAGAAGGAUGGAAUCGAUGUUAAUAUAGUCGACAAAACGUUCAGGCAAUCUCCGCUCCUCUUUGCGGCAAAAGGAGGACAUACCGAGGUGGUUCAGAUGCUAUUGGAGAAGGAGGAGAUCGAUAUCAACCUCGUCGACUACAAGGAGAGAUCUCCCCUUCUCUGCGCGGCAAAAAGAGGACAUACUGGAGUGGUUCAGAUGCUACUGAAGAAGGAUGGAAUCGAUGUUAAUAUAGUCGACAAAAUGUACGGGGAAUCUCCGCUUCUCUAUGCGGCAAAAGGAGGACAUACCGAGGUGGUUCAGAUGCUAUUGGAGAAGGAGGAGAUCGAUAUCAACCUCGUCGACUACAAGGAGAGAUCUCCCCUUCUCUGCGCGGCAAAAAGAGGACAUACUGGAGUGGUUCAGAUGCUAUUGGAGAAGGAGGAGAUCGAUAUCAACCUCGUCGACCUCAAAGGGAGAUCUGCGCUCCUACUAGCGACAGUAGAAGGACAUAAUGAAGUCGUUCGGAUGCUACUGAAGAAGGAUGGAAUCGAUGUUAAUAUAGUCGACAAAACGUUCAGGCAAUCUCCGCUCCUCUUUGCGGCAGAAAAUGGAUAUACCGAGGUGGUUCAAAUGCUAUUGGAGAAGGAGGAGAUCGAUAUCAACCCCAUCGACCUCAAAGGGAGAUCUGCGCUCCUACUAGCGAUAGUUGAAGAACAUAAUGAAGUCGUUCGGAUGCUACUGAAGAAGGAUGGAAUCGAUGUUAAUAUAGUCGACAAAAUGUACGGGGAAUCUCCGCUUCUCUAUGCGGCAAAAGGAGGACAUACCGAGGUGGUUCAGAUGCUAUUGGAGAAGGAGGAGAUCGAUAUCAACCUCGUCGACUACAAGGAGAGAUCUCCCCUUCUCUGCGCGGCAAGAAGAGGACAUACUGGAGUGGUUCAGAUGCUAUUGGAGAAGGAGGAGAUCGAUAUCAACCUCGUCAACCUCAAAGGGAGAUCUGCGCUCUUGCACGCAUUAUCCGCUGGAUACAUGAAAAUUAUAAAGACUCUCCUUGAACACCCACAGAUAGACGUUAGGCUUUGCGAUCAUCACGGUUCUACGCCACUACUCCUUGCCGCUUACUACGGGUACGAAGAAAUAUUCAAGUAUCUAUUCGAACGAUCCACGACGGAUCAACUCCAGGAAAUGGAUGGCGAUGACGACACGCUACUUCUAUUAUCGGCGCACUCCGGACAUACACGAAUAAUGCAAUUAGUAUUGGGCGGUGGUGGAUGCAAUAUUAAUCACCGUAAUAAAAUGGGAAAUACUGCUUUGAUAUACGCCACAGAAGGGGGUCAUAAGGACGCUGUGGAAAUAUUGCUGAAGGAAAACGGGGUUGAUCUCGGCAUUUUAAACAACCAAGGGGAAUCUGCGUUGGAUCUUGCCAAGAGGAAGGGUCACAAGGAAGUUUUCGAGCUGCUGGAAGCUAGGAUGAGUCAGAAGGUGGAAUAG